AAAGAACAAGGAGAACGAUACGGAUUCUUAAUACGGACGAAAAGAGGAAGACUUGAUAUAGUCUGCAGAAGGGGAGCGCUCUGAGACGCUAGUUAAAAUUUGGGCAAACCGCCUGUGGAAUGGCUUUGCUGACUCUGCACAGGUCACCGUCUGUUUGUGCUGCUCCCGAUGAAAACACUCCAAGAAGGGGGAGACUUCAGAAAAGAGAAAGCUUUGCUCUGGUAAAAGGGGUGGUGCUUCUUCUGGAGGAGGGAGAAAGGGUUGGGCUACAAGAAGAAACUACACCCCCCACACAGACUGGCUCUCGACAUGGAGACCGAGAUUCUGAUACACAACACAGACACCUGCAGGCCAUGGUGUCCCUGCUACGGCCAGAAGAUACCAUCAAGCUGGCUGUGCAGUUAGAGUCUGUCAGUCCAGUGAGAGUGAGGUACCUCCUCAUUGUAUCCACCCUUUCUAACAAACAGGAGAGUAUUCUACUUGGCAUGGACUUCCCCAACGCACACAGUGAUGCAUGUACGAUUGGUCUUGUUCUGCCUGUGUGGAGUGACACGCAGGUGUACCUGGAUGGUGACGGAGGGUUCAGUGUGACGUCGGCGGACAUGACCAGGAUAUUUAAGCCUGUUUCCAUUCAGACCAUGUGGUCAGUGCUGCAAGCAUUGCAUGGUUGUUGUGAACGUGCAGUGAGGGGGGCAGUUAUACCUGGCUGUGGAUUAGACUGGGCCAAACACUACCUGGGCCAUGUGGAGUCAGGCCAACACUGUCUGAAUGAGUGGAGUGCUAUGACUGGCCUGGAGUCUGUGAGGAAGGACAGCGCAGGACACAGGUCAUCAGAGAGGGAUUCUGUGGAGAAACUUAUCAAGGCUCAGCUCAGGGACAUCAUGAGAACUGAAGAUCUUGAGAGCAUCACCUCCAAACAGGUGCGCAGUGCUCUGGAGGUCAGGAUAGGCAUGGAUAUGAAGAACUAUAAGGAAUACAUUGACAACGAGAUGAUGGUCACCAUGGCACAGAUGGACAAACCCUCCAAAAUAUUAGACUACCUUUACCUGGGUUCUGAGUGGAAUGCCGCUAACUUUGAAGAGCUACAGAAAAACAAUGUGGGCUACAUCCUGAAUGUUACCAUGGAGAUAGACAACUUCUUCCCAGAAUCCUUCACGUACAUGAAUAUCCGUGUGUAUGACGUGGAGGAAACUGACUUACUCUCUCACUGGAACGACACCUACAACUUCAUCAACACAGCCAAGAAGAGUGGGCAGGCAGUACUGGUGCACUGUAAAAUGGGUGUAUCACGCUCGGCCUCCACGGUGGUGGCAUUUGUAAUGAAGGAGAAAGGCUGGUCAUUGGAACACGCUCUUAACCAUGUCAAAGAAAGACGGCCUAUCAUCCAACCCAACGAAGGCUUUCUGAAACAGCUAAACACAUACUGUGGCAUCCUAAACGCCAGUAAACAACGUCACAGUGCUCUGUGGAAGAGGAAGUCCCGGUCAGAGACCAAUAAACCAGCUUUCCAUCAUCCUGAGGGACAGGAUGAGAGUGAGGAGGAGGAGGGGGGGGAGGAGAGCCCAGAGGACAAUGAUGGAGAUGAAGAGGAAGAAAAAGAGGACGUCUUUGAGGAGCCAAAUAAGGGUGAACACAUCCUAGAUUCAGUCUCAUCUGCGGAGGACACAGCCUCCAUUCCUGUCCUUACUGUCCCAGACAACGAGAAGCCAAUUCCAAGUCCCAGCAGAAGUGGCAGGAUGAAUCUGUUUUCACUUAUGCAGUCCAUUCAACUGGAUGAUGAAGACAGAGAAAGCAAUAAGGGGCUGGUUGUCAGUCAGAGGCGAUCACCAGCACAGCGGAGGCGGAGCCAGGGCCGGAGAGGUCUGACUCAUCAGAGGGCCCAUGUGGACCUCUCUCCUGAGCCCAGUGGCCAUCUGGAGAAUAGACACCAAAAAGAGGACCUGCCGACUCCAGCCAGAGCCACAGGAGAAGAGCGAAAGUGUACAGAGGAGAAAGAGGGAAAGAUAGGAGGAGGAGAAUGAGGGAGGGUAGAGUGGAUGAGAAUGGCUAAGGAAAAUAGGUGAGAGGUUUAAAAAGCUAAAGAGUAUGGAAGAAAGGAUAUAUUAUUUUCUUCCUUUUUUGACACAUCCAAAGAUAUUUAUUACUCAUCUAAUCUUACAUCAUAAAAUUGGUCAGUUUUGCAUUAGCAGAUGUCUUUGAAGGAUGACUGGUAUUUUACCUCACUGAGGGCUCUGGGUCCAGUUUUCACUCUCCUUGUCACACAAAAGCAAGCAGCUACAUACGCAUGCUCACACACACACAAACUCAGGACACUUUUUAUGCUGUACAAGAAACUCAAGAUAGCUCAGUGCUCACUCAUACAUAUAUACACACUCACACACACUGAAUACACACUAACCCUGCCUACCAAGUCACCUCUGCACACAUAACCUGUCUAUAGAAAUACUUCUGAAAUGGCUGAUUUUACACAACAAAUAAAGAUGCAUCCAGUCCUUCUACUGCGACAAAACCGUGCAUAUCUCUGGAUAAAACAUUAAGACACAUUAUGCCUCUGCACCCCAUGAGCGCUGAACUGGGAGCAGAAUUAGCCCUGGGAGUUUCCAAAAUGUACAUAUAUUUUCCCUGUAUAGAGUGCAGAUGGAGACAGCUCCUUACAUGCCAUACUUAUGUACUGGUCAAAGUAAAGAAAGAUGAAAAUGGAACACUGUCACCCAGUGCCUUUUGGUCAGUCUCCCUGACUGUGCACAUUCUUACACUGAGCCAUGUGAUUCACGGUGUUUUUUAUGUAUGUCUUAGACAGUAUUAUAGAGGAGUUUGCUUCUCACACACACGCACACAUGCACAAACACAAACACAAACACACACA